UUGCGUCGGCACGGCCAACGGCCGACCGUCUCGUGAACAGCGUAUCGAGUCGAGUGCGAUCAUUUAUUAAACUUUACGUAUACGUCGAUAUUAUGCAUGUAAACAUUCGUUUUAAACGUAGCUUUUAUUUUUAAAUUUAGUUUUAGAUGUUAAAUUUGUGCUUUGUAGUAACAACUGUUCAACGUAAUUUUGUGUCUUUAAUUUUGUGAAAAAUAAGGUUAUCGAGUGCACGCCAGUGGCAGAUCCUGUUGCACCUUUGAAAGUGUUGGCAGCGCAAGAUGGCGCUCGAAAUAAUAAACAACCAAAUUUCGUUUGUGAAGUCAUUAAAAACAUGAAGAAUAUAGAAGUAGAGAUAGAGAGAGAAUAAAUUAGAAUAAAAUUAAACUUUUAACAAAACUCAUCACGAGAAGUUUUAUCUUGCAAAUAAAUGAUAUUAAUCGUAAAAUAAAAUGAAUUUUAAAAUAAUAUCACUAUUAUUAACAUGGAAUUUUCUAUUGAUAACUGCGAAACGGGACUCUCUAGAAGAUGAUACUUCUGGGGCGAAGGAGUUAAGAAAUAAAGAGAACAACCGAAACCGAACAACCUUCAACGGUACUUUAACUGAUGUCCCUGAAAGAAGAUACUUAAGGCACCGGAACAGUUCAAGAUAUCGUGGUGAUAGGAGAAGAUUUUGGGAACGAGAGCAUGAAAUCAGGCGUGAUAGAAGAAGAGGUUCAGAUGUGUAUUCUUCUGAAGAACAUGUCAACCGAACUGAUCCUUACUCCAAACGAGAUGAUAAACCUCGUAAAACUGAUAAGCAUUGGAAUAAAAGUUCAGAUAAAAUAAAUGAUAGAAAGAAAUCGAGUAAUCAAAGUAAAUCGCCUGAUCGGUCUCCGGUAAGAGAGAAUACCACGAGAUUCAAACCGAAAUUGGCCAACAAAUGGCAAAAUGGUGGAUAUAUUCCGUACCCGCAACCGAGAGAAAAAAAGCCUAACAUAAUAUUGGUUUUGACUGAUGAUCAGGACGUUGAACUCGGGAGCCUUAACUUUAUGCCCAGGACUAUGAAGGCAAUUAGAAGCGCAGGUGCAGAGUUUCGACAUGCGUACACCACGACACCGAUGUGUUGCCCAUCAAGGAGUUCUUUGCUUACUGGGGUCUACGUUCACAACCACAAUGUGUACACCAAUAAUGACAACUGCUCAUCUCCGAUGUGGCAAGCCAAGCAUGAGACCAGCACCUUCGCAACAUACCUAUCCAACGCCGGCUACCGAACUGGUUAUUUUGGAAAAUACUUGAAUAAGUACAAUGGGUCAUACAUACCCCCGGGCUGGCGUGAAUGGGGUGGUCUUAUAAUGAACUCAAAGUACUACAACUACAGUGUUAACAUGAAUGGGAAAAGAAUUAAACAUGGCGACGACUAUCAGAGGGAUUACUAUCCGGACUUAAUAGCAAACGACUCUAUAGCAUUUCUCCGAGCCUCUAAACGAAGAUUCUCGCGGAAGCCAGUUCUUCUUGUGAUGUCUUUUCCAGCACCCCAUGGACCUGAAGACUCGGCACCUCAAUUCUCCCACCUCUUCUUUAAUGUAACAACACAUCACACACCAACAUACGACAUGGCUCCAAAUCCUGACAAGCAAUGGAUUUUACGAGUCACGGAGAAAAUGAAGCCCAUUCACAGACAAUUCACAGAUCUUCUAAUGACCAAGAGAUUGCAGACACUACAGAGCGUUGACAUGGCAGUCGAGCGAGUCUAUCAGGAGCUCAAAGCGCUCGGAGAGUUAGAUAACACUUACCUAGUUUACACGUCAGAUCACGGAUACCAUCUGGGCCAGUUUGGACUGGUUAAAGGGAAAAGCUUUCCCUUCGAGUUUGAUAUACGUGUACCGUUCCUUGUUCGUGGUCCUGGAGUCGAACCGGGUACAGUGGUAGACGAUAUAGUACUAAAUAUUGAUUUGGCACCGACAUUCCUAGAUAUGGGUGGAGUAGAACCACCAGCACACAUGGAUGGUCGUUCUUUACUACCUUUACUUCAACCGAGACGUAGACGAGCUGCUGCAGCACACUGGCCGGACACAUUUCUUGUUGAGAGUUCUGGACGUCGAGAAACUCAAGCUCAUUUAAUGGAAGAAAGAUUGCGAGCACAGAAAUAUAGCCAAGAGAUGAACGAAAAGUCAACUACUGUACAACCACAAGAUACGUCGUCAGAAAAGGUUGACUUUGAUGUCGAUUCUGAAGAUGAUUUCUUAGAGCUCGACGAUGAUGAUGACGAUAGUGAUAGCGUAGAGACAAGAGAUCCCUUAAAAUUAUCGGCGCCGUUUAUAUCCAACGAGAGUCACAAUCCAAUACUCGAAGCGAGUUUAGAAAAGGUUUUGGAUGCUGAAGAAGCUGGUACUAAUAAUCUUAAUUACCUACCUACUUCAGAUAUUGAAAGUAGUUUAGUAAAUGGCAAAGCAGCUCGGUUAGCAGCAGAAUGCUCUAAAGCUGAAUUGAGAGCUCCUUGCUCCAUUGGACGAAAAUGGAAAUGUGUCCUGGUCAAUGGACGAUGGCGUAAACACAAAUGCAAAUAUGAGCCAGAGAUAAGCACUUCACAACCAAAGAUGAGUACAAAAAAAUGUGCUUGUUUCACACCAAGUGGGUUGGUAUAUACAAGAUUAGAAACUGAUGGUACCAUUGCUAGGCGACCAGUUGAAGUACAAAAAGAUAACAAUAAUACGAGAAGCAAAAGAUCAUUAAAUAAUGACGUUUUCGAACCCGACACUGUUGACAGUAUUCUAGAAGAGAAUCCAAGUAUUGGACAUUUGAGCUUUAAAAAUGAAUUUGUUGAUGAAUCGGAGAACAGAAACAUUGUUAACAAUAUAGAUAAACUUAUAAAAGAAACUGAGGCAUUUCUUAAGGCUUAUGAACGUACCAAAGAAAAUAUAGAUCAUAAGAGGACUAAAAGAAAAGCACAACAUUGGAAUCGUAAUAAACAUAAGCAAAAAAACGAUCCAAUGUUGAAUAAUAAUGAAUCGUCACUAGAAUGUAAGAUAGAAAAGGAUGGAACAGUUAACUGUUCACAAGUUAUUUAUAAUGAUUUAAAGGCAUGGCACACGAAUAGAUUAAGUUUAGAAGACCAAAUAAGGCAGCUGAGAACAAAACUAGAAGAUUUAAAGGAAAUUAAAAGGCAUUUAAAAAUUAGUAAACCUGCAGUCGAGAUACAAACGAUAACACCGACAUAUUUAAGCCACCAAUUGCUUAAUAAGACUGCAAGUCAUGAAAAUAACACUAAAGAAAAUUUUAGAAAAAAUCGUUUACAUAGGCUCAAAUCGAAACACCGAAAUGGAACUUUGUUUGAUAAAAAAUUCAGGCAGUCAAACGAAUACAUACUACCGACGGUAAAUUCUAACACUAAAGACGACGUUUUUAAUACGCAGUUAAAGAAUGAAACGUCCCCGGAGACAAGUAUGGGAUUAAUUAAUAUUUCUAAUCAAGAUAUUAGUAAUGAUACAAACCAGACUAAUCAUAAAGACGAAUCACUGAUAUCUCCAGUUAUAACAGUUACAACUAGUCAAAGUUUAUUUGAUCAAAAUUUAAUUGACGAAAAAACCACGCAGCCAAGUGUCACGGGAGUUUUUGGUGAUGUAACAGCAACAGAAUUUUCUCAAUUUACUGACGCAUAUACCACAAAAAAUACAAAACUUAACGAGAAUCUAACCCAAGUCACGAGUGAUUGGAAAACAACACCAGUUGACUUUUUUUCGAAUUUACAUUAUUAUAGUUCAGCAGCAGAUAAAGUUAUUUCUGCACAUAAAUCAAGUACAAUAGAACCAGUGACGACAGUUAGUUAUCUCACUAGCACGUAUAACCCCUCGACGAGACCUAGGACGACUGUUGGUACAUUAGGACCUACACGAUUCGAUGCAUCGGAGUAUGAACAAAGAAAUCCAAAUAAGGGAAGUUCUAAUAAGAAUGGCAUAUUUGGCAAACCACCAGACGUGUUUCAAAAGAGACUCCAUCCUUUAUUCAUUGAAAAUGAAGAUCAGCAUGUAUGUUACUGUGAGGAGAAUCGUAAAGUAAAACCAGUGGGCCAUUCUUAUUUGGAAGCUGCACAAAAAGCUAGAGAAGAGCGAAGGAAAUUGAAAGAACAGAGAUUACGAAAGAAGUUGAGGAAAGCGAAAAAGAAGGCGGAAUUGGAAAGACUAUGUGAAUCGGAACGCAUGAAUUGCUUCCGACACGACAAUGACCACUGGCGUACCGCUCCGCUUUGGACUGCUGGACCUUUUUGUUUCUGUAUGAGCUCUUCAAAUAACACAUACAACUGCGUUAGAACAAUCAACGCCACACAUAACCUACUUUAUUGCGAAUUCGUCACUGGAUUAAUAACUUAUUACAAUUUACGAAUUGAUCCUUUUGAAACACAAAACCGAGUGAAAUAUUUAACAUCAUCGGAGAAAGAAUAUUUUCAUAACCAAUUGCAACAACUGUUAAGUUGUCGUGGCCCAUCGUGCAGAAGAUAUUCGCAUUCGAAUCAGUCCGGAAGCAAUGAAGAUAUAAGUAGACGUUAUGAGGAUGAUCUUUCAUAUGCUGGCGAACCAAUUGGAUAUAACGGAAGACCAUGGCGAAUUGGCGGAUACGGUCGACGUUAUGCAAGAGCGAGGGAAUUACAUCGGCGCCGACACACGAUGGCAUUCUAGUCGAUUUAAUUUAUUUGAAAUAUUUUUGUGAAAUUUUCGUAAUUUCUUGGUGAUUAUAAACCAAGCGGAAUGUAUUAAAAAUAAUAAACCGGAAACUGCACCACAUGCAGAGAAUAGUUGGAACUGGAAACGACAAUAGUAUAAGCUAUGUAUUCUUAGUAAAACUACAUCGAAUCUUAUAGGGCUUCCCAUUAUAAUCAUUGUCAGUGUAUAUUUACAUUUCUUAUUACAUACAUGUAUGACAGCUUGUAGUAAAAACUCUAUUACUGUGCCUAUAUCCUUCUUGUUAUAUAAUGGAAGUUUUUGGAUAUUACUUGAAUAAUUCAUAGUACCUUUAGAAAAAAUAUAUAAAAAUGUUUUGUC